UGUGAGAGCCGUGAUCGUUAUCCGUGUCAUCCGCAUCCAAAGCAACCGACCGACUAGCCAGUCGAGCCGAAUGAGCUUGGCUCCAUCACGUAUGCACAGAGCAAACGAAUACUCUGUUGACCGGAACCUGUUCUAGUCUACUCUACUAGAGCUCUGGUGAAGACUCCUUUCGCUCAACAGCAAGUGCGACACCUCAACUUUCUGGUGAGAGAGGCAGGGCCAAGCUAGCUAGCAAUCCUCGGACUGUGAAACACCAUACACUACAGGUUGUCUAACUCAGAGCGAAACGCCUGCACGAUGCGAUGGACCAUCUUUCUCAUCGUCACGCUUUGGGCGGAAGCGUUCUGCCUCAAAACUUUGGCGUUUCAUCAAUCGUCAUGUUCGAACGGUAUGGUAGCACGUACACGGCUGGGUGUCGCGACGAGACUAGCCGCGCGUCCCACUAUGACGAAAGUUGGCACAUUCGAUCCACUGGGCUUUGCUUCCUCCGCCGAUAGACGCGUGGCUUCGUACUACCGUCAUCCAGCUACUCCCACCACUGCGGUCGAAACUAGGCCAAGACCAGUGGCAACCGCUGCCGUCGUUGCUACCACGACCGCACUUGUUCCGUUCGAAGCAUCGGCGCAGGUCGCCGGAAACAAAUUUAUUUCGCAAGGUACAAUGAACCCGGAUAACUUUCAACCCGUCUGUCCCGCUUCGGACGGCUUUUACCGAGUUUUGCAAUCAACGACGACUGCCGUCGUUGGCGAAGAAAACUUUGUCGAGUACGGACCUCUCAUAUCGGGUGGAUUGUUGCGCAUCCGUUUGGAACUCUGUGUGGUCGAGAGUUUCUUCAAAGAAGCCAUUGGUCCGUUUAUCCAGCAAAACGGACUCAGUUGGAUUUUGCCCUUGCACGAGACGGUGGAAACCUUUCUGGCUGGCUCCAUAUUUGCCCUAGCGACGACAUUCAUUUUGAUCGGUUCCACCAAGAUCGUGACGGUAGUGCUGGUUUACAUGGAUAUCCUUGUGGGAUUACCGUUUCGGCUCUUUGGCGGGUUCGCGUAUGAUCGGGCCGUGGGCAAGCCAGUGACCUUGGACGUUGGUUUUGGUCCCUUCAAGACGCGAAUAAUUGGACCUCCGAAACCGAAAGAAGGAGAAGUGACCGUGAGUGAAUUCGACUUGACCAAGGCCAGCCCUUUAGGUAUUGUCUUGGUGGCCGUGAGCGGGACCGCACGGAUCAUCGGACAAGUCCUGGGAUUCGUACGAGAAGUUUUCGAAGCCUUUGACUUGUUCGUUGGACGGUACCUGGUAAUAGGAGCUACGGGCUACAUAUUGCUCAAAUUCGUACACUUCAAGAUCUUUCCCGAUUUUCCGUGA